UGUCUUCUAUAUUUAACUCAAACUAGACACAUCUCCGGCUGUGUGUAGCUCUCUCUCUUUCAGUGUCCGUGUGUACGUAUGCAGUCCCUCUGAUAUUUACACUACAAGCUUCCUCGGUUUCACUUGACAAGACUAUUACAGUGAACAGGUAAAAGCAGAGGCACAUAGCUGCCUCCGGCCACACCAGCCAUGGAGGGACUCUACUUUGAAGUGAAGCCCAGAAGAGAUCAAACCCCCAGGCCAGGAAGCUCAAGCAAACCUCGGCCUAGUUUAACUUCAAACCAUCGCUCAUGUCCGUCGCUUCCACAUCUCACCUCUUCCACACCACGUCCUGAGAAACUCACUUCUGCUAGGAAGUGGGGGACAAAGGUGGAUGAAGAAGGAGAGGAGGAUGAGGAGGUACGAUACAAACUGACACUGAUCGGUUCUCUGCCAGUCCACCACCUGACCACUAUGGCCAUGCUGCCCUGGGUGGUGGCUGAGAUAAGCAGGGCUCAUCCUGCAGGGAAGGAAAUAGGUGCUGGGUGCUCCAGAGGAGGGCAGCUGGACCCUUCUACCCGUAAUCAGACAGUUUUUCUGUGCGUGUCGACAUCUAGGGUGCGAUGUGUGUCCAUUCUGGGAGAAGGAGUUGUCUGGGACCCUCUGACACACACACUGCUGUUUGAAUGUCGUCCCCACCAGGUUACGAAGCUAAUUCACAACAGCCAGGAGCCCAGCAGCUUCGGCUGCCUGGUCAGAGACGCACCAAACUGUGCCUGCUAUGUCUUCCAGUGCCAGGACAGCACCAAGGUUCCUGAGAUCAUCAGUGCGUUGAGGCAGGCUGGCAAGAGCUCGGCACGCAGCGAUGACGUCACCAUCCUUUCCAGCAAAACUUCCAGUGGAGGCAGCGACCCCUCUGAUACACGGGUUUCUUCUCUCUCCACAACAACAACCUCCGUGGCACACUCUAUUGCUGUGUCUCCGACAACCUUUGCCAAGAAGUUUGAGGUGCUGUUUUGCGGCCGCGUGAGCGUCGCUCACAAGAAAGCCCCACCUGCCCUGAUUGAUGAGUGCAUCGAGAAGUUCAGCCAGUUGCAUGGCUCAGGGUUUGGUGAUAAAGGAGGGAAUGGUGGGGGAUUGGUGGGUGGGCUAAGGAGGGUAUUAACCUUGCCAUCCAAUGGACUUGGGAGUGGUGGCGUUGGUAAUGGUGCAGCAGGGAGCCCAACCACGAUGAAGCGUCCAGUCCUGUUCAAAAGAGACCCCAGCUUUCCCUGUCUACAGGCCCUGGAUGAGAAUGGACUCUCACCAGAGAUCUCUCACACCAACACUACUGACGCACACGCCCACUCUGCUGGAGUACAGCCCACCAGCCUGCAGGAGAACAGGACCAUGCUGUUUACGGUGGGCAGGUCUCAGAUCUUCUUGGUUAGUCCUGACACUAAGAAAGUUGCCAUAGAGAAGAGUUUCAGAGAAAUCUCCUUCUGCUCCCAGGGUAUUCGUCACGUGGAUCACUUUGGCUUCAUUUGCAGGGAGACAGUGGAAGGAGGGAGCUGCCACUUUGUUUGCUAUGUCUUCCAGUGCACCGACGAAUCACUGGUGGAUGAGAUCAUGCUGACUUUGAAGCAGGCGUUCUCUGUGGCUGCCCUGCAGCAGAAUGCAAAGACCCAGAGUCAGCAGUGUGACAGCUGCCCCAUGCAGCAGCUCCACAGACUGUGUGAGAGGAUAGAAGGUCUACAUCCAUCUAAAACUAAGCUGGAGCUUCAGAGGCACUUGGCCACACUGGACAACCAGGAGCAAGCUUCAGUCUUUGAAAACACUAUGAGGGCUCGUCCUAAGAGCGAUCAGGAAGAGAAUGAGUUAGUGAUGGCCUCUUUGAGGAAUCUGUAUGAGGAGAGACAGCGGAGUCAUCAACACACACUGUCUGGAGACAGCAAACAGGCGUGUGAGGAGGCAGCUUCAGCCCCAGUGGAGGCGCAGCAGCAGAGUAGUAGUCGGCAGCGGCUUGAGCAAUUCAAGAGCCGAGCCAAGCGCUCUCUCACUGAGUCCCUGGAGGGAAUCUGGAAGGGGAGCAGCAAGGCCAGAGCUCAGAGGGACAACAGUGUAGGAAGUGACAGCGGCUCUUCAGUUUGUACGGUGAACAGCAGCCAGGACCAGUCUUGCUUGGAUGACCCCUUGCCUGCCUCCGCCCACCUGCGACCCACCAGCCCCCUCAGGUGCCACAACUCAACAGGAGACCUGAAGCGCCUUGACUCCUCUCUCACCCUUUCUCCUUCCUCCUCCUCUUUACCCGGUGACGCUCAGCCACAAGGCUUCCGCAGACGGGCCAGCACCUUCAGCCAUCCACCAACCCCUUCCUCAGCAGAGUACUCACCGGUGCACACACUAACUCACACGCCACAGGACCCUACUGCAGCUACCAAGCCCAAGCUCGUACGACACUACUCCGUCAGCACCGACUCUCCACACCAGAGCAAAAAUGUCCCAACUGACUCCACCCUUCCACCUGUUCCUACUUGCCCUUCAUCUCCCUCUCCUCUUCUCCCUCAUCAUCCUUCUUCACCUUCUUCUGGAGCCCGGUUCAAUAAAAGAAGUCCUCUGGGUGGUCUGCGUGCUCGUCUCCACUCCUCCUCCUCUGUCCCUAAUUUUCUGAAAUUUCAAUUUCUGGCCCCUGUCCAUGAGAACGAUUGUCCUGAGCCAAAGAGCAGUGAUGUAGCAGCUCUGUCCACACCAAGUGCAGCAUGUUGGGUAGGGGAAAGUCCUCUGCGCAGCCACCGCCACUCGUGGAGGCAGCAGAUCUUCCUACGGGUGGCUACACCUCAGAAGAACACAGAAGCCAAUGAGCGGGGGGACCCCUGUCUAGAAGGGGGUCGAGUGUGUGUGGGCCAGGUGGGAGCUGGUGGAAGUGGGGACUCAUCCAUAAGGGUGGUGCCUGAGGAGAGGACAAAAAGGAGCAAAGAGGAGCUGAGGGAGCUCUGGAGGAAGGCCAUCCUGCAGCAGAUCCUCCUGCAGAGGAUGGAGAGGGAGAACCAGAAACUACAGGCCUCAGAGAGCGAUCUGCAGAACAAGCGUCUGAAGCUGGACUAUGAGGAAAUCACUCCGUGUCUGAAGGAGGUCACUCUGGUCUGGGAGAAGAUGUUGGGAACUCCUGGAAGGGCAAAGGUCAAAUUUGACACAGAGACCAUACAUGCGGCUGUUGCACAAGGUGUCCCGAGGCAGCAUCGAGGCGAGAUCUGGAAGUUUCUCUCUGAACAGUUCCUGCUCAGACAGACGGUCCCCUCCCGACCUCCUGCCAACGACACUCCAUACAAAGAGCUGCUGAAACAGCUCACCUCACAGCAACACGCCAUUCUCAUCGAUCUGGGUCGCACUUUUCCCACUCACCCAUACUUCCAAGCCCAGCUGGGGGCAGGACAACUGUCUCUGUAUAAUAUACUGAAAGCCUACUCCCUGCUGGACCCUGAGGUGGGCUACUGCCAGGGCCUGUCCUUCAUUGCUGGAGUGCUGCUGUUACACAUGGGGGAAGAGGACGCCUUCAACAUGCUCAAAUUUCUAAUGUAUGACGUGGGGCUCCGCAAACAGUACAGGCCAGACAUGAUUAUCCUGCAGAUUCAGAUGUACCAGUUGUCGCGGCUGCUUCAUGACUACCACAGGGAUCUUUACAGCCACCUAGAGCAGCAGGAGAUCGGGCCCAGCUUAUACGCCACCCCCUGGUUUCUCACCGCCUUCGCCUCACACUUCCCCCUCGGCUUUGUGGCCAGAGUCUUCGAUAUGUUGUUCCUGCAGGGGUCUGAGGUCAUCUUUAAAGUGGCCUUGAGCCUCCUGGGAAGCCACAAGCCCCUGAUCCUGCAGCAUGAGAGCCUGGAGUCCAUAGUGGACUUCAUCAAGACCACACUGCCCAACCUGGGCCUGGUGCAGAUGGAGAAAACCAUCAACCAGGUUUGUGAGAUGGAUAUGUCCAAGCAGCUCCAGGCCUAUGAGGUUGAGUACCACGUCUUGCAGGAUGAACUGCUGGACACGCCCCCAAACCUCAACCAACACCAGCGAGCUGCACAGCUGGAGAGGACCAAUCAGAGCCUCCGACAGCAGAACCUCGACCUGCUUGAGGAGCUGCAGGUGUCACAUGCUCGCAUCUGCAGCCUGGAGAGCCGAGUGGAGGCUUUGGCCCAGUCGGAGGGCCAGCUCAGGGAGCAGGUUUCCGCACUGGAGGAGGAGAAGAAACAGCUUGCGAGCACCGUCACACGCCUCCAGGACCUCCUCACCAGCCUCGGCAUACAAACUACCCCUGAUGGACUCACACUCCCCGCAGCAACAGCAAAGGUGGAGGGGCUGGUGAACAGGACUGGACACUCCCUUCCCCACCCUUUGGCUCUGCCAGAAGGUUCAUAACCGCACCUAAUAAUCUUCCAAAUGAAAAGGUCGAGGCCCAGGACGAGAAGGUGAAGUGAGACGUUGGGACGCCUCCCUACCUCGACCUAGCCGAGCUUGUGAAUGUUUUAAUAAAAAGUGGAAAAUACAGAUAUAGUUGGACCUAAAACAGGGAGGAGAAUAAUGGAAAUAUAACAAAAAUGGGGUUGAGGUUGAAAGGGAAAGAAAAAUAAAGGAAUGCCCCCCUUUGAGUAUUAUCCUAAAAUGCAGAGUGCUCUCUUCCCACUCUCUAACGAAUAUAAACGAACAUGUGAUCUGACCAACAAUCCCCAAACAUAGCACUGUCCCACUGGGCCUCUACUGUAAAAACUAAACAGUUACAUUUGCACCUGUACUUGUAUGUUUGUGUCUUUGAAUGUCUGUGAGUGUCUUUACUCGUGUGUUUUCUGCUCUUGCGACAGGGUUUGUGUCGGAUGAAACAAGGCUAAAACAGCCAAAGAAUGUCCUUUAUAUAUGUAUAUAAAAAAAAAGCUUGAACAAAGAACAUUUUAUUGAUCAGGCUUACACACAAUAAGUGAGUAAUACAAAGAUGAAAUGUUUCCAAAGAACAAAUAAGAGAAGUGUGACAACAAAAUGAGAUGAAGGGACGGGUGAAGAAAUAAACUUCAUGACAAAGUAUAUUUUUGUUUUGUUUUUCUAUUUUAAUAGUUGAAUAUGACGUAAGCUAAAUUAUGUUAGAUCCUGGAAGGUGGUGCUCAUAUUCAGAGGUCAGGGGCGAACUAUUUUAAAUUUCUCCUUCGUAUUUCUAGUCUUCCACGUAUUUUGCUUCCUGAUCCUGUACGUUUCAAACUUACUUUAGUUAGCAGGAAGAGUGACACAAUAAAUCCAGCCCAUUUCACAUCCUGUUUUUUCACCUUUGAGCACAAGUCGAUCCAUCGAUGUAGAAAGGGAAAUAGAUAUAAGAUAUAAAUAGAAGCAGAAAACCUUAUAGUAUACCUUUCAAGUGAGGGAAAGUACAGAGUUUGACAGAUCAGUUAUUUUAAAAUACUGCAAAAUACACUUAAGUCUGAAACUUCAAAUAAGAAACCUCUGCUGCUGAGACAAUCUGUCAGCUAUGAGUCAUUUACUGUAUUCAACACACUGAAUUCCUUCAACCCGAGCUGCAGCUCGGUGUGUAUGUUAAUGUCUAAAUGUGUGUCUGUGUGCUUGUGCACUUCACUGAUGGCAACAAAUCUGUUGAUUUACACUGUAAAGAUAUUUUGCUUUUACUCCAGACUCUCCUUGCACAUGUGUGUUGUUUUAAUUGAGUAUUGCUAUUAUUGUUCUGUACUUUACAAUACAUUUCAUACCCUUUCAGCACCUCUGAAA